UACUCGGUCAUACUUAACGAAGAAAUAGCCUCACCAACAGCAGGAGAAAAGUGCUGUAAGGCAACAGUGGGGCUGAACGUUUGUGUCUGAAAAAAGUUCGAAUUUAGUCUUUUGCAUGAAGAUGGACUCUACGGUGGUGGAAAUAGACGGAAGCGUGAUGGAGGGGGGCGGACAAAUCCUGAGAGUCUCCGCCGCUCUCAGCUGCAUCACCGGGUCAUCCAUCCAAAUCACCAAAAUACGAGCUGGCAGAAGCACACCGGGGCUUAGACCGCAGCACCUGAGUGGCCUGCAGCUGGUCUCAGAUCUAUGUUCUGGUAGUCUGCAGGGAGCCAGCAUUGGCUCCACUGACAUCAGUCUGACCCCAGGAAAGAUCCAGUCUGGAAACCACACUGCAGACACACAGACAGCAGGGAGUGUGUGUCUGCUGCUGCAGGUAGCUCUGCCUUGUGCUCUUUAUGCUGAUGCUGCCUCACAGCUCUGUCUGAGAGGGGGAACCAAUGCAGAGAUGGCUCCUCAGAUUGACUACACCAUCAAGGUUUUUAAGCCCAUUUUGGAGAAGUUUGGAAUCCAUUUUGAUUGUGACAUCAGAAUGAGGGGUUUCUACCCUAAAGGUGGUGGUGAGGUGAGGGUGACAGUGAAUCCAGUCAAAGAGCUGCAACCUGUCACCAUGAUGGAGAGAGGAAACAUCACAAAGAUCCAUGGCAGAGCUUUUGUUGCUGGAGUCCUGCCCUUCAAAUUGGCUAAAGACAUGUCGGCUGCUGCUGUUCGAACCAUUAGGAAGGAAAUCAAAGAACUUUACAUCAACAUCCAGCCACUUCAGGAGAAAGACAAAGCCUGUGGAAAUGGGAAUGGAAUAAUAAUCAUCGCAGAGUCAUCAACAGGUUGCCUGUUUGCAGGUUCAGCUCUGGGAAAGAAAGGUGUGUAUGCAGAUAAGGUUGGUAUUGAAGCUGCAGAGAUGUUACUGAGAAACAUCAGACACAACGGCUGCGUGGAUGAAUUCCUUCAGGACCAGCUCAUUAUCUUCAUGGCGCUGGCAAAAGGGACAUCUCGAAUUCGAACUGGUGCUGUGACACUCCACACGCAGACGGCCAUUCACAUUGCAGAGCAGCUGACUGAGGCAAAAUUCACAAUAACAAAGUGUGAGGAUGAGCUGAGCAGCAAUGUCACCUAUGUCAUCGAAUGUCAAGGAUCAGGAGCAGCUAACCCCAACCUGUAGUUGAAGACACACACUGUACACACACACUGAAUACUCUCUCUACUGGACUUGGUAGCUGCUUCUGACCUAGCCGACCCUCUUAGCUUGUUUCUCUCAGGGUUUUUCCUUAAAUACUGUAAUAAAUUAAAAAAAAAAAAAAACUCUUGCCAGACUUAAGUGAUUAUUUUUAAUGUUUUCCAUGUACACGUUAGUUUUCUGUUUUGCCAUUUGAGUUUGACUCAAGUCAAAUUUGCAAUAUGAUAUGUCAUUAGACUAAGGUCAAAAUCUUGACAUACUAACUAAAGGCAGCUUCUUAACUUUGGGUUAUUAGCUUCUGAGUCAAAAUUCAUACUUUUUAGAAGAUUGCUGGUUAGUCAAAGCUUUUUAGAUGAAGAUACUGAGUGACUUUAAGUUGAAAUUUUCUUUGAGUCUAAAUUAUGAGGUACGGAGUCAAGAUUUUAGUUUUUGUGGUCAUGAUUAUGAGGUGUUUUCCUUUCUAAAUGAAAAUGGUGACUUCAGAUCAGCAUUCUGAGAUAUCAAGUUAAGAGUAAAACUCUGUAAGCAAGUUUAUUAAAGUUGAAAUUAUGACA